CCCUCUCUCGGCGGGGCCUUCAGUGGAGGCCGCCAUCGCGCACCCGGCACCAUGCCUGCCCUCAGACCUCUCGUGAAACCUAAAAUCGUCAAGAAGAGGACCAAGAAGUUCAUCCGCCAUCAGUCUGAUCGCUAUGUCAAGAUCAAGCGCAACUGGCGUAAACCGAGAGGUAUUGACAACAGAGUUCGCAGGCGGUUUAAGGGUCAGAUCCUGAUGCCCAACAUCGGCUAUGGCAGCAAUAAGAAGACAAAGCACAUGCUGCCCACGGGGUUCAGAAAGUUCCUGGUCCACAAUGUCAAAGAGCUGGAAGUGCUCAUGAUGAGCAACAAAUCGUACUGUGCAGAGAUUGCUCACAACGUGUCUUCUAAGAACCGGAAGGUGAUCGUGGAGAGAGCCGCUCAGCUCGCCAUCAAGAUCACCAAUCCCAAUGCCAGACUGCGCAGUGAGGAGAAUGAAUAAAUCAGCUUCUGCAUCCGAGAUGUAUUUAAUAAAGUGUAAAACCAAACUCUGGUGGAUGUUUUGAAUGGCCAAAGGGAAAGA